GACGCGGUUCAGAAACAGGCGGCGCCCCUUUAACACGCAGCGACGACCUGAUGACGUCAUCCGGGUUCAACAAGCAGCAAAACAAGGAAGCGCACCGCUGUCAGAUAAAAGCCAAUGCCUUCCUUUUAGUACAGGAUGUCUGCUAAACACCCAGAGGAGAAGACGGUGGAGGUGUUGGAGCCUCCUGGAGGAGUAGAUGAGGAGCUGCUGUCCCUUUAUUUUGAGAAUAAGCGUCGCUCUGGAGGAGGUCCACUUGAAUCUGUGGAGAUCAAGCAGAACCGUGUUGUGCUGGUGUUUGAAGAGGCAGAAGCUGCAGCCAGAGUGCUGUCGAAACGGCAUCAUGUAGUGCAUAACUCAGAGCUGAGUGUAAGAAAGCCUCCCUCGAAGGACCAAUGCAGACUUCUGCUGAGGGGAAUCAGCCCCCACACCAGCACAGAGAUGAUAGAGCUCUACGUGGAAAACAUGAUGGACUUGAACAUUACGGAUUACACUCUGAUCCCGUCACCAGAAAGCAAUUUCUUCCUCAUUCAUCUCAGGCGACCCUUAUCUAAAGAUUUCCAGACUCUGAGCACAAGAAUCUCCAAGAGGAAACUGGAUGGGUCAGAGGUAACUCUGGAACAGAUUGAGCAAACUGACUCGGUUUUAGUUGAAAACCUGCACCCGGGCACCACACCAGAACUGCUUACAUUGUACUUUGAGGGCGAGCGAGGCGGGAACCAGAAGGUGAAGGAGGUCAGCAUUCUCUCUGAGGGAACCGCGAAGGUGUCCUUUGCAUAUUACGAGUCUGUGGACUCUGUCCUGGACCGCCCUCACAAAGUGAACGAUACUGAACUCGUAGUGAAGGCCUACUUUGACUUUCUUCAACCUGCAAGACAAGACUCUGAAACUAAGAGCGAAGAUGACACAGAGACGACCUCAGAGGAUCAGAACAAUAUUGAAAUGCAGAGCAGUCCACUCCCAGUAGAUGCAGAGCGGUCCUCCCCAGCUGGGAGGUCGAACAGCAGUCCGUCGUCCUCUCAGACCGCCUCGGAGCCACCUGCUGCUAGUGUGGUGGUAGGCAAGGUGGUGGAGGCAGUCAUGGAAGAUCAAGCAGAGGAAAUGGAAACACUAUCGGCCCACAUUGCCAUCACAGACCCAGUAAAACACACUUUGUAUCAAAGGAGCAACUUUCAACGUGAUGUGCAGAAGGCCCAUCCAGGUUUUAGCAUCCAAAUUAAACAUGAUGGUGUGUACAUAGCAGGACCUAACAAACUUGAACUAGAACAGAUAAAAGACACAAUUUCAAGCUUUAUUGGGAGCAUAGUCCAGACCCAUUUUACCUUCGGCAUGGAGGUGGCUGAAUUCCUUGAAAGAAAAGAUGUGAAGAACAAGCUGCUACAAGCAAUGACUCAAAGGGGUUUGCAUGCUCUAUACAGCGUGUCCGAUUCAACUGUGUCUGUAACAGCCUUAACCCAAAACUCUGCCAACCAGGCAAGUGGCUUUUUAAAAUCCCAAGUUUGCCAAUUCAGCAUGCCUCUGGAGUCAGAGCAAGAAAGCCUGCUGUGCUGCAGAGAGUGGUCUCAGUUCCUGCUGGCUCUGGGCUUCACAUCUGCAAAGAUUUCAGAGCAUGCAGGGAAUAUGGAUGUCUUAACUCUGAAGGGCAUGGAGAAGGAGAAGCAGGCUGCGAUCCUGCAGUUUCUGACUACACCCAUCGAAAGGGAGUCGGUCCUCUCUAUGGAGCCGGGCAUGCUGAAGUACAUCCAAAUUCACUUUCAUCAGCUGCUGGCUGACAUGGACCAAGUGUCCAUUUUUCCUCUGGAGGCUGAAGAUCAUUGUGGGUUAAAGAUCCAUGGCCAAGCAGUCUCAUGCCAGAUGGCAGAGGAGGUGCUGCAAGGCGUGCUCUCAUCAAUCUGCACCAGAACCAUCACAGUAAAUGUCCCAGGAGUGGCUCGCUUUUUAGAUGAAAAGGAGUGCAGGAGCAUUCUGAACGAGAUGGAGACAAAGUUUCAGGUGUACAUCAGGCUGCAGUACAUGCCCUGGGAGCCCUUACUGCACCAGGACAUCUUUGAAAGCGCAUGGCAGAUGCUGUCUCAGAAGAACAUCCAGAGAGGCUUUGUGAACGGAUCUGAGCUGAAAGCUGACUCCGUGCAGACAGAUUCUAACGUAGCAGGUAUUUUAAAGGAGGCCAAAAGAAUCGUCUCUACUGUUGAUAAAAGGCAGGAAGAUGGGGUGCCCACAUUAGACCAGCUCGAUGACAUGGAUAAUUUAGAUUUGUACACUGCUGAGGAACCAGGCACGAUGACGGAUACAGGUUCUGAUGUGACUGCCUUCCAAGCUACCCAGCCCUUAGCUGAUCAAAAGGUACCAAAUGGGGCACUCCUACUGUCUGAGGGAGUUCUAGGCACCAGCAGCAGCCUGGAGGAAGAGGCCCAACUCUCUUUAGCCAUACAGUACUCCAUGGAGUCGAGCCAGUGGUCCCUGCAGGACGAAGAGGAACAGCUAAAAAAAGCCUUAGAGCUGUCCAAGAAACUGAUUCAAGAGGAACACUCCUCUAGUACUUCAGACAUCAGCCAGCAGGUUGCCCAGCAGAAGGGAGGUGUUGACCUGUCCUUCGAGGAUGCCUUGAAGGCAGCCAACACCCUUCAGCUCUAUGUGUUUGCAGGGUAUAGCUGUGACCUGAUUCGGGUGGACAUUGCUUUUAAUAAGAAGGUGAACCAGAGACAGGCUGAGGAGAAGGUGGAGCACAGAAGCAUCAACAACAUGUCUGAUUACCACAGGAAAUGUCUGGAGAUGAUCAAGCGGAAGCAUGCAGUGGAGAUUCAAGUUCAGGGAACCAUCAUUGCUGUUUCUGGGUUUAAGGAUUAUGUGAAUGGAGCACUUUCUGAUGUGAAGCUACUGCUGGAGAAUAUCUCUAACUCUGUAUCAGAAAAGGAAAUCCUGAAGACUGUCCAGUGGGUGCAUCAUCACCCAGUCACCUUAAAGACCAACGCUUACUCUAGUGAUGCUAUAGUUUUCAUUGAGAACGCGUGGAGAAUGAAGCUUAAGAAAGUCGAUAUCUUGUUCGACAACCAGCCCUACAUUAUCAACUUUGAGAAGAUGCAAGAAUAUAAUAUCGCUUCUGGGAAAUCAGUGAAAAUCUCCAGGAAGCUGCUCGAGUUGGGGGAUGUGACCCAGGAUGUUCCAGAGGAGGAAUAUUCUCUGCUGUUAAACCUGCCCGAUGCAACCAAAAUCGACGAGGAAUCUGAGGAAUUCCAGGAUGUGGUGAAAAAUUUCUACAGCACCAUACAGGAGUACCACAGCAAAAUCCGAAUCAUACAGGUGGAGAAACUCAUGAACCGACUGCUGUACAAUCAGUACAAGCUGAAGAAGGCGAGUGUACUGCAGCACUCUACUCAGCCGGUGGUGGAACGGACUCUUUACCACGGGACGAGCGAGGCGAGCGUGAAGGAGAUCUGUGUUCAUGGGUUUAACCGAAGCUUCUGUGGAAAGAAUGCCACAGUUUACGGUCAGGGGGUGUAUUUCGCCGUCAACUCCGCCCUGUCUGUCCAGGAUCAGUAUUCGCCCCCGAACGCAGAUGGGUACAAGUUUAUUUUCGCUUCGAAGGUUCUAACUGGAGAUUUCACUAAAGGCUGCCACUCGAUGAAGACGGCGCCGCUAAAAGAGACCGGAGAUAUUCCCCUUAGAUACGACAGCGUGACUGAUGACAUUACAAAGCCCACCAUGUUCGUCAUCUUCAACGACACACAAGCCUUCCCAGAAUAUCUCAUUACGUGCCAACGAAUCCAGCGCUAAAGCAUUAUUUCAAGAAGAGACUCCUGGUGUUUUAAGGGCUUUUGAAAGUCUACAGCUUAAUCAGUGACAAUCAGCCCUUUAUCAAGUCUGUCUUGGUUUUUCUUUUUUCCUUUAUUGUCUUAACAAUAAGACUUGUAGUAAUGCAAUGCUAGGCAUAUCCUCUCUGCACCCUGUGGCUGAUUGUUUGAUCUUUACUGCAAUGUCACACUUAUUUCUGUCCAUUUUCAUUGGAACUGUUUCAUUGAUGGUACUGAUACACCUUAGCUAAGGAAACUGGUUUCUUUAAAGCAGGGUCAUUAGUUCGUCACUGACACCAGCUAGCUCCUUUUUAGGGCUACGAGCGUGGAAGUACAACCCUGGCGAGCUUGAAAAUAAAUGAACCCAAACUAAAACCAAGAACGAACCUGUUUUAUGACUUUUUUCCAAUUUAUGGAAAAGUCGACCAUUCCAGCCAGGAUUAAAUGUCGCUGUAGUAGUACUUUACCUGAGAGGGAACCAUGAGCGAUUGUCUAUCGGCUUGUGUGUUUCGAGGGCUUAGGUUGCAUGUUUCUGAAACUGGCAGUAUGUGUAAACAUCAGGCACUUCUGCUGAGUGUCCUGUAUCACUCACUUCUGUCUGGCUGCUUCCGUUUGUGGGAGGGUAGGUAUUGUGGAAGAGAGGCUUAUUUUUUCUACCUUGCAGCUAUGACCUGAUGCACGUGUUUGAAGUGUCUUAAAGGUUACUUCCAGGAGCAUCUUUUUGUCUGUUUCUGCAUCGCUAAGCACAAUUCUACACAGUAAAAUCCAAAAGUUGAUAUUACAACGACUGAAAGUUUGCCAGAGAAGGAGCACAGUCAGGAUCUUUCUUUGUCUUGAUGGCACUUCUUUUUUUCUUUAAUCAGUUUUACAAUAGAGAAUCUUUGUUCAGUGGUAACUUUCUGAGCUCUUAUGUCUUUCGACUCUGCAGUCUGAAGGCAAGUCUGUUUUGAUUUCAACAAAAUAAGGUAAUCUGAGCUGUGCUUUUUGUAGUAUUAGCACUACAUGUGGGGGUCGUGAUCAUUGUCACCUCUUUACAAUACUGAGUGUAGCAUUGUUGGCAUAAUGAUUGACAUGGGGUUCACAGUGCCUGUUGAAGGUUCUUAAGUGUUCUUGAUGAAUGCCUUAGCAGCAAUUCUGUAAUUUUUUUUUUUUUUUUACGUCAGGUUUUCAGUUUUACGUUUUAAAUAGGAGAGUGAAUAUUUUUUGAAACGGAAGAAAAACAGAUUAAAAUGAAAACUGCUGAGAUUUUUCUGUUCAA